CACCUGUUGCAGGAGUUCUUCACAAAAGUGAAACUGUAUCUCUGUGAAACUGUAUCCGCAGCAGUUGGGUGGCGUCCACAGGGAGUGCACUUGUGAGAAACUAUGGAGGUGGAGCGCAGAAAACCUUUGCAAAGCAGGCGAGUGGGGUCUCUUCUUCUUUUCGUGUGUGUAUCUGUGGGGGGUGCGGCCACCAUCCGCUAUUCGGUGGCGGAGGAGAUGGAGAGCGGCUCGUUUGUGGCCAAUGUGGCUAAAGACCUAGGGCUGGAGGUAGGGAAGCUGGCUGCGCGCGGGGCUACGCUGGUUUCUGAGGGCAACAAGCUGCAUUUCCGGCUCCACCGCAAGACAGGAGAUUUGUUUGUGAAGGAGAAACUGGAUAGGGAGUCACUUUGUGGCAAAGCCGACCCAUGCGUAUUGCACUUUGAAAUUGUUCUGGUGGAGCCACUGCAGUCUUUCCGUGUAGAAGUCAGAGUAUUUGAUAUCAAUGACAAUGCCCCAGUUUUUCUAAACAAAGCGCCUGUUUUAAAGAUUCCAGAAAGCACCCCCUUGGGUUCACGUUUUCCUCUGCAGAGCGCCGAGGAUCUGGACGUGGGCAUCAACGGUCUGCAAAACUACACGCUUAGUGCCAACACGUAUUUCCACCUGCACACCCGCUUCCGCAGCCACGGGCCCAAAUAUGCGGAGCUAGUGUUGGAUAAACCCCUGGACAGAGAGUUGCAGCCUGAAGUCAAUUUGACAAUUAUGGCGGUGGACGGCGGGUCCCCUCCCAAGUCUGGCACCGCCCACAUCCGAGUAGUGGUUCUGGAUGUCAACGACCACGUGCCCCAGUUCUCGCGCCUGGUGUAUCGUGCUCAGGUGCCAGAGAACAGCGCCAACGGUUCUUUCGUGGCUGUGGUGACUGCCACAGACCUAGAUGAAGGCAACAACAAGCAGAUAACUUACUCGUUAGCUCAAAACUCAGAAGCAAUUCUCCAAACAUUUCAGAUUGACUCUCAAACUGGAGAAGUUCGACUCCGAGGGCCUCUAGAUUUUGAAACUAUAGAAACAUAUGACAUUGAUAUCCAAGCUACAGAUGGAGGAGGACUUUCAGCCCACAGCAAAGUCCUGGUGGAAGUGGUGGAUGUAAAUGACAAUCCUCCUGAAGUGACAGUUUCUUCUGUGUCCAGUCCUCUUCCUGAGGACUCACCACUACAGACAGUGGUGGCCCUCUUCACCAUCCGAGACAGGGACAUUCGAGUGGGAGGAAAAAUCACCUGCUUCCUCAGGGAAGACUUUCCCUUUGUAGUCAAACCUACAUUUCGGAAUUCUUACUCACUGCUCACUGACAGAAGCUUGGAUCGGGAGGAUGUUUCAGGCUAUAAUAUCACCAUUGUUGCCAUGGAUACUGGACCGCCCAACCUGUCUACAGAGACUGUGAUAGAGGUGCUAAUAUCUGACAUUAAUGACAAUACUCCAGGGUUUCAGGAAGAUUCCUACAUCUUGACCAUUAGAGAAAACAACAGCCCUGCAGUUUUUAUUGGCAAAGUUCAGGCUGAGGAUCUUGACUUGGGUGAGAAUGCCCAUGUAACAUAUUCUCUGCUGCCUCCAAAAAGUGGAGAUCUAUCAGUCUUUGCUUACAUCUCCAUAAAUUCAGACAAUGGAAAACUCUAUGCACUGAGAACCAUGGAUUAUGAGGCCAUCCAAGAUUUUCAAUUUGUGGUAAAGGCAACUGAUGGGGGUUUCCCAUCACUGAGCAGUCAAGUUACUGUCAGAGUGGUUGUUCUGGAUGACAAUGACAACCGUCCAAUGAUCUUGUACCCACUGCAGAAUGGCACUUUGCCCUGCAAUGAUCUGGUGCCUAGGUCAGCAGAGGCAGGGUACCUGGUGACCAAGGUAGUUGCUGUUGAUGGUGACUCAGGUCAGAAUUCUUGGCUUUCAUACCACUUACUUAAAGCCACUGACCUUGGAUUAUUUUCUGUUCAACCACAAAAUGGGGAAAUCCAUACAUUGAGGAAAAUAUCUGAGAGAGACCUAAUGAUGCAGAAACUGAUCAUUCUUGUUCAGGAUCAUGGCCAACCAGCUCUCUCCACUACUGCUUCACUCAACAUUUUGCUGGUAGAUGGCUUUUCAGAGCCCUACCUGCGGUUCCGGGAUCCAUCCAAGAAUUCUGGAAAGGUAAAUCCAACCACAAAGUAUUUGGUCAUCUCUCUGGCUGUGCUUUCCUUUCUCUUUCUCCUUUCUGUCACAGUGAUCUUCAUUAUACACAUCUACCAGAAAAUUAAACAUAGAGACAAGUUCACAAUUCAAGAGCAUUUCUAUGAUGACUGUAAUUUCCCUAACAACCUUGUACAAGGAGGCAAUGGAACCUUAUCCCAGCCUUGUCAUUAUGAAAUGUGCUCAGCCACUGGCACUGGCACUAGUGAGUUCCGGUUUCUUAAGCACUUUAUGCCCAAUUUCCCUUUCUCUCAUGCCAAUGGAGAGGUAAAAACAGAGGAUUGUUCUAGUUUACCUGCAGAUUCUAGUAGGAAUAGGUCUCGAGCAUCAGAGAGCCACGCCAGGGUCACUGAUGAAUAUAUGUAGCUUUAACUAAUGGCCCUGAGAGGGAGAAGAGAAUCAAUGCUAUUUUUGGUAUGCAAAAAUAUCCCAU